GCUUGUGUAUGACAGGGAGACAGGGAAGCCAAAGGGCUAUGGCUUCUGUGAGUACCAGGACCAGGAGACGGCGCUCAGCGCCAUGCGGAACCUCAACGGGCGCGAGUUCAGCGGGAGGGCCCUGCGUGUCGACAAUGCAGCCAGCGAGAAGAACAAGGAGGAGCUGAAGAGCUUGGGCACAGGUGCACCCAUCAUAGAGUCACCCUAUGGGGACCCUGUGAACCCUGAAGACGCCCCCGAGUCCAUCAGCCGGGCGGUGGCCAGCCUGCCACCUGAGCAGAUGUUUGAGCUGAUGAAGCAGAUGAAGCUGUGUGUCCAGAACAGCCCCCAGGAAGCCAGGAACAUGCUGCUCCAGAACCCCCAGCUGGCUUAUGCCCUGCUACAGGCCCAGGUGGUCAUGAGGAUCGUCGACCCAGAGAUUGCACUGAAAAUCCUGCAUCGCCAGACCAGUGUUCCUCCUCUGAUCCCAGGCAACCAGCAGCCAGUGCCAGGGCCAGGGCCUGGACCAGGGCCAGGGCCAGGGCCCAACGCGCAGCUGAACCCGCAGAAUGCAGCUUCAUCCCAGCCACAGCCCAUAGGUGGGAUGCACGUGAAUGGUGCUCCUCCUCUGAUGCAGCCGCCCAUGCAGGGGGGAGUUCCAGCCCCAGGACAGAUGGCAGCCCCUGUGCAGGGCCCAGGCCCCGGCCCCAUGGCUCCAGGAGGUGGGAUGCAGCCGCAGGUUGGGAUGCCAGGUGCAGGGCCUGUGCCCUUGGAGCGUGGACAAGGGAACCUGCAGCUCUCGCCCGUGGGACCUGCCAGGCCUGCGUCUAUCGAACGCGUUCAAGUGCCCAUGCCAGACCCGAGGGCCCCUAUGCAGCGUGGACCUCUACCUGCUAGUGGCCCGCCGCCCCGAGGCCUUUUGGGAGAUGCCCCGAAUGACCCUCGCGGAGGGACCCUGCUCUCAGUCACUGGAGAAGUGGAGCCCAGAGGUUACCUUGGGCCGCCCCAUCAGGGAGCCCCU